AUGAAAAAUAAGUUCCAAUCGCCGUUCACACCUCCUAAAUAUAAACCUCAAGGAGAACUUAUAAUACCUUCUCCGCUUCAAAGAUAUAUUGAAAAGUCAUCAUUUGAUUUUGAAGGCUUCGAACUACAGCCAGUAGAUGAAGAUCAUAUCGAAAUUAGGGAUUAUGUUGUUCGAAAGUACGCAAAUACUCUUUCAGAAGCAUUUUCGUUAAUUUUGAAUGAUGCAAUUUCUAUCUCUAAUACAAUUAAAGAACUAAAAAGUGAGCGAACAACGUUACAUUCAUCGGUUGAUGCCAAAUAUCCGAAACAAAUCUUGAACAGCUCUGAAAUUGAUUUCAUGGUUGAUGUUUGCUCAUCUCUUACAAGUAGUAACGACGUCACCACACUUACACUUAGUGAAGAAUUUGGGACUACAACUAAAAGCUCUCCAUUCGAAAGCGACUUUGAUACCGAAAAUACACAAUCACUUACAAUCGAUGACUCCACAUGUGACACACUCUACUCUACUACUGAUCCAGCGCUUACAACAACCGGCUUUUUGAAACUUCCGGGUGACACAUUCCCACUUCGAGACAAAAGUCCACAAGACAUCAUCAACCAAGUCUUACCUCUUUCUCAACUUCGAGGUCCUGCAGCCCAAGUUAUCAAAAACAACUACGACUCCCUUAAAGGAAAGUUUGCAUUUCCAUUCAAACUUCCAAACAACAACAACAAUAAUAACAACGACCGACUUCCUCUUAUGAGAGAAGACAGUCUUGAGAACACUUAUAUUGGUUCACCAUCAAGUUCAAACAGUUUAUUCAACUCACUUCGAAACACGACGCAGAACAAAUUUCCACCGAAACCAUUUGAUUAUGUUCCAAAAUUACCACAAUUUAAACCACCAGAGAAUGACACUGAGAUUUUAGACAUCUCCGGCUGUGUUAUUGAACCAAUGAAAUCACUCUCACCACCACCAUCAAGUUUAGAACGUGUUGACAGUCUUGUUGUUCAAUUGAAAUCUAUGUCACCACCUAAAAACUUAUUACUUGCCGAACAAAGUUCAGAAUUAUUUAAUUCAUUAGAGAAUCUUAAUGCCGAACCUCGAAAAUUCAAUAUAAAUAACAACAAUAACAACAUUAAUAAUAUUAGCAAUCAUAAAAAUGAUUCUAUUGAAGCUUUCAUUCCAGAAGAACUUGAUUCUGACGACUUAGACUCACUUCAACCUAAGAAGCAGAAAUCAAAAAAAAACACACGCUUUGAUUUUGAAUCAUAUUCAUCGAAACGUCGUUCAAACUCACCUCCAAACAUCAUCUAUCCACUUGAAUCACCAAUUGUUCCUUCAAUUUCAGAACGUGUCAAUGUUCAGAAGCGAUGUCGUGCAGGCACAAUCAUUGGUCUUCCACCUCUUCCCGAACUUGAUGUUCUUCCUAAACUUGACUUAACACGUCCCGGUAUCAAUCUUCAACCAAGUGUUUAUCCAUCUCGUAACGAACCGGAUGAUUCAUUUGACUCAUUACGAGGUUCAUAA